GCCAUCAGCUGCCGGAAGUAACAUGGGCUUUUUCUGAAAGGACGGACCACGAUGGGACAAAGAUGUACCACUUGUAAAGAAAGUUGUAAAAAAAGAUGCCAGAAGUGUCCUUGUUGUCGGAGGAGAGAACGAAGAUCAAGAACAUCAAUAGAAAAACCAAUAGAAACAGAAACAACAGAAACAGAUUACCAACGUGAGAAGAGAGAAUGUAAGGCUGCUGUCACUAUCCAGAAAUGGUGGCGUGGUGAGCUGGUCCGCCGUACUCUGCUACAAGCCGCCAUCUAUGUGCGGGUGAUCCAGAAAUGGUGGUCCUGUGUUGUUUGGCGGCUACGGAAGGAGAAAAGAUUAAGGGCAUUGGUGAAGUACACUUGGCCUACAAAAGCUUGCGUCCUGAUGCAGUCAGUGAUUAGGAUGUGGCUUUUGAGAAUUCAGUAUAGGAAGAUUCACAAGGCAGUCCUGAUCAUCCAGAAACACUGGAGGCACUACUGCUUCUGGAAAGACUCCAGCCUCUGUGCUGGUAUCAAUGCGAGUGAUGAUGGUAUAGACUUGAACAUUGAGAUUGUCGUUGAGUAGAGGAACCCCACAGAGAAGAUAGAAAAGGCUGCUUGAGAAGUCAGAUGUCAGCAAGUAAAUAAAUACAUGUUUUAUCACGUA